AGGCAUGCUCGUAGUGCGACGCGCUUGUUAUUUCUCGUGGAGGGUUCAUUUGCUUAUAAAUCUUUAACGGCAAACCCACAUUUUGUGCUUCGUCAACAUGUCUCACAACGACGAUGACUCCUCGGAUCUCGGACCAGCUGGACAAUCGAAGUUGGAGAGCUUCCUGUUCAGCUGCGAGCUGUCCUCUAAAGUACCUUUCUACACUUUCCAAGGAGACGAAGAGGAGGACCUGGAGCACUUCCUUGAACUCAGAACAGUGUGUCUGGGAGAGGGCGCCAAGGUGGAGAGUAAUGUGGUGGAGGUAACGGCCAUGAACCACCAAGGAAAGACCAUUUCCGUGCCCAUCGCCAACCUUCACCUCAGCUGCCUGCCCAUGGUGAGUCUGGGAGACUUUGAGCUGAAAGCCCCAGUGACCAUCCGGCUCAAGGCUGGAACGGGGCCAGUUACCGUCAGCGGGUUACACCUUAUAGCCUCACAGGAUGAAGAGUCGGACCUGUCUGAUGAGGAUGACGAGGAUGAUGACGAGGAAGAGAUCAGCCCCAUUAAACCAGCGAAGAAGAAGCAGAAGCAGUAGGCGGAGAGGUCACUGAUAGUCUUUUGGGAUGGCCGCACUCACUCGCUGAUAUGUUUUUAAGAAAUAAGGUUUUUUUUGUACAGGACUGACACGUUUUACGAAGUUACUUCUUCUCCCGCGCAGCCAAGUGAAUGCUUAGUGUGGUGGAAGCUGAGCACGCUGUUGGAGGAAGUGAAAUCAUGACCUCACCCCUUUCCACCCGUCGGUUUGUCACUGCGAGCUCUCGGUGUCUGCAGUGUAUUUAACGGCGGUUAGGAGGUUCACUUAUAGAAGAACUGUUUUUGCUAUUAAAUGCUACCCAUUGUUUUUAUACUGUAUAUGAUACAGGCACCACUGACGUGGAGUUAUUGCACCGGUGGUGGAAAAUGUGUUUUACCUCCAGUGGAUUCUGGUGUUGUUUAUAGAUACUGUUCGUGUAAAAGCAAAAUCAUUGUGUGUGUGUGUGUGUGUGUGUGUGUGUGUGUGUGUGUGUGUGUGUACUUGUACUUGUCAAACAGGAGUUUCCAGACAAAUUGGGAUUCCAACUGAAAGGUGCAAUCAGAUGACUUGCAUACAUCCAAUGUAUUAAAUGUUCUCAGUGCUCAAGACUAUCUCUGUUUCCAAAUUGUUUGUAGUUCCAAAAAUAUUGUUCAUCUAUGUGAUAUGGCAUUCAUAAAUGUGAAUAUUUUGUACUGUAGUGAAUGCAUCAAGCAAACAUUUUGUUUGUUUUCAUUUAUCUCCCAUUUGAAAUCAUUAAUAAAAAAGGAAUUUUAAGCUUA